AUGGAUAAGUGGUUAAUAAAAAAAUCAGUUCAAUCUAAUGAGGCUAUAAACAGUUCUACUUCUAACUUAAAAGUUGAAUCUAAUAGUGGAGAUUCGAAACCUGUUGAAAAUGUAAAAUCAAGGAGUUAUCAGGAAAAAUGGCAACAAUUAUAUCCAUGGUUGUUAUAUGAUCCCGUGAAAGAAAAAGUGUUCUGUUCGAUUUGUAAGACUGCUGAUGAAAACCAAAUUAAUCUUCCUGUAUUUUCUGUGACUGAUCAAAAUUCUAAAAAGGCAUUUGUAGUUGAUGGGUUUUCUGCGUGGAAUAAAGCACUACAAAGGUUCAAAUCUCACGAAGCUGGUAGUUUUCAUCGAGCUUCGAUUUCAUCUAUUGGAGCGCAAAGAAAAGGAACUAACAUAUGUACUUCUUUAAGUGUUUCCAAAACUAAAGAAAUGAUUGAAGGUAGAUCUGCUCUACUAAAAAUUAUUUCAUCUCUUCUUUAUUUAUCGAGACAAGGUUUAGCGAUUCGUGGCCACGUUGAUAUAAACUCAAACAUUCAACAAUUACUUAUUUUACGUGCAGAAGAUGUUCCCGAAUUAAAAAGUUGGCUUUUAAGAACCAAAGAACAAGUUUCUGUGUGCUUUCGCAUCGUAGACAAGAAUUUAAAUAUAUCAGAACAUUUCUUAGGAUUUUUUGAAACUCCUUUUACUGACGCACAGACAUUAUUUAAUUUAGUAAUUAAUGUUUUAUCACAAUUUGACAUUGAUAUUUCUAAAUGUCGCGGACAAUGCUAUGACGGGGCAGCCAAUGUCAGUGGACAUAUCAGUGGUUUACAAGCAAGAAUAAUCGACGUUGAACCUAGAGCAAUUUUUGUUCAUUGUACUGCCCACACCUUAAACCUCGUUGUUCAAGAUACAAUGCAGAAUAUAACGAAGAUUCGAGAUUUUUUAGCCAUUUUACGUUCAAUGAUAUCAUUUGUUAAAGAUUUACCUAAACGUCAGGCAAUAUUUAAUUCUUUACAAGCUGAACAAAGUAUAAUCGGUUCUUCAAAUAAUGUUUCAUUUAGGCCUUUUUGUCCUACAAGAUGGUGUGUUAGAAUUGUUUCAUUAAAAUCGAUUGAUUCAAAUUAUAAUUUACUUCGUAAAUUUCUUGAUGAGCUGACUACCGAAAAAAAUGAAAUAGGUGCUAAGGCUAGUGGCUUUUCGAAACUACUUUAUAAAUUUGAUUUUUAUUUCGUUUUGCAAAUUAUGAUAUUCAUUUUUGAGAGAAUUGAAGUUUUGAAUUCGGAACUACAAAAAAAAUCUUUGCAUUUCCAAGAUGCAAGGUUAAAAAUUGAGGCAAUAAUAAUUUCUAUAGAAGAAAAACGAAAAUCAGGUUUUGACCAAUUAUGGGAAGAUAUUAUCUAUAAAUCUGAAGAGCUAGGUUUAGGUGAAGUUAAGCUACCUAAACAAAGAAAAACUCCAAAACGUCUGAUCGAAGGGGGUCAAGAACAUUACUUUUCGUCGGCUAAAGAUCAGUAUAAAGCGCUAUUUUUUGAAUGCAUGGAUAUGACGCUAUCUGCUCUUCACAACCGAUUUCAAAGUAAUGUAAUUAAACAUCUCGCAAAAGUAGAAAACUUUAUUGUAGAUCCUAAAAAAAAAAAUACAGCUAUUAUAACUGAAUACUAUGGCUCCGAUUUCGAUGGGACAAAAUUAGAAUUACAUCGAAAUAUAAUGUUAGAUAUUGCCAAGGCAAAACAUUUUAAAAUAUCAUCAGUGUCAGAUGCGAUUAAUUUUUUUAAACAAGAGUCUUAUUUGCAAGAUUUAGUUCCAGAAGUGGUUAAAUUAAUUAAAAUCAUGUUAACCGUACCAGUUUCAUCAUGUACAGCUGAGCGUUCUUUUUCUGCACUUCGGCGUUUAAGAUCGACCAUGACGCAAACACGGCUUAAUGAUGUAGCAUUAUUAAAUGUACAUAAACAAGAUGAAAUAAACAUUGAAGUUAUUGCUAACAAAUUUAUAAAGGCAACCAAAUCCAGAUAUGACAAUAAACCUCUAACUUUAAAAACACGAACUCUGAUUAAUAGUAAAGCUAAACCUAACACUGUUACUGAAGAUUUUUUGUCAAAUGAAGAAAAACAAUGUAAACCAUAUAAAGCAAUGUUCAAUAACCUGAAGAAGAAACAUAUCCACAAGUUGAAGAAGAACCUAUAA